AUGCGGCCGUUCUGCGCUAUAUUUUAUAUCAUGCACCUGAUACAGCGGCUACUGGUCGUCGCCCCAUUGGCUACACUCCCUUUCAUCCCAUCUGUUGCUGCUGCGACGGUCCCGCAAUAUGUAUACGAUUACGCGCCGCUGGUAUGGCUGCAUAGUCAAGACCCGUAUAGACCCAGUGAUCUCCAGCAGCAACUGGUCCACACCAGUCCCCAGGUGAACUGGACGACCGUUGCUGGGGCCCCGACGCCGUUGACGUUGGAUAACCUCGACCAGCUCAAUGGAUCGGGUAAUACGAGCGUUUAUCUGACGUCGCAUGAAGGGAUCGAUGCUAGUCCGGAGCCAGCCUGGUUCCACGGGAUUACUCCGGAUACACAGGGACGUCUUGGGAAUGGGACUGGGUGUGCAAUUGUGGUGAUUGACCAUGGUAGUGGGAAUGUGGAUGCGUUCUAUUUCUACUUCUAUGCAUACAACAAGGGCAACAAAGUCCUCGGCCUCGAAUUCGGCAACCACAUUGGUGAUUGGGAACACAAUAUGAUGCGCUUUUCCAACGGGACCCCACAAGCACUGUGGUACAGCCAACACGCUAGCGGGCAGGCAUUUACCUAUAACGCGGUGGAAAAGAAGGGUCUUCGUCCAUACACCUACUCCGGGAAUGGCACGCACGCGAACUACGUGAAAGAAGGAUCCCAUGACCACACCAUCCCCGGCGUCAACCUCCCAACCGGCUUCCUCGUGGACUACGCGGAUCGCGGCCGGUUAUGGGAUCCCGUUCUCAACGCCUACGCUUACACCUACAACACCACGACGCGGAUUUUCGAAACUGCCAGCCCCGGGGCACCGUUGGCGUGGAUUAAUUUCAAUGGGAAAUGGGGCAAUGAUCAGCCGCCGAAUGAGCCGUCGAUCUUUGGCGAGGCGAAGUAUGUGGCUGGUCCGAAUGGGCCGAAGUUUAAGGUCUUGGAUCGGCAGCAUGUGUGUCCGUCUACGCCUUGUGUUGUUCUGCCAUUUAGGACUUGGGCAGAGAAGAGCAAGGAUGCGUGA